AUGCACCGCACUUACUCCAUGCGCGCGACUCGCGCCCCGACCGCCUCGCAGGUUGAGAAUCCUCCACCCCCAUUGUCCACCACCAAGUCCAACCGAUGGCUAGGGAAGGGCGGCCUCGGUCAUGCCUUCCGUAAGAACGCCGCGGGUGCCUUCGGCCCUGAUCUUUCUCGCAAGCUGUCGCAGCUGGUCAAGAUGGAGAAGAACGUUAUGCGCAGUAUGGAGCUUGUAGCCCGCGAGCGCAUGGAAGUCGCUCAACAACUCUCAAUCUGGGGUGAAGCCGGCGACGAGGAUGUGUCGGAUGUGACGGAUAAGCUCGGUGUUCUGAUCUACGAGAUCGGUGAGCUGGAGGAUAUGUUCGUCGACCGCUACGACCAGUACCGUGUCACCAUCAAGAGCAUCCGAAACAUUGAGGCCUCUGUACAGCCUAGCCGAGACCGCAAGCAAAAGAUCACUGAUGAGAUUGCCAAGCUGAAGUACAAGGACCCCAACUCUCCUCGAAUUGUCGUUUUGGAGCAGGAGCUGGUCCGCGCCGAGGCCGAGUCCCUUGUCGCUGAGGCCCAGCUGUCCAACAUCACGCGUGAGAAGGUCAAGGCCGCCUUCCAGUACCAAUUCGACGCUCUGCGCGAGCACUGCGAAAAGGUCGCCAUCAUCGCCGGAUACGGCAAGCACCUUUUGGACCUGAUUGACGACACCCCAGUGACUCCCGGCGAGACCCGCCAGGCAUACGACGGUUACGAUGCCAGCAAGGCCAUCAUCCAAGACUGCGAAGAUGCUCUCAGCAACUGGGUGACCUCCAAGUCCGUUGUGAAAUCUAGUCUCUCUCAGCGCUCCCGUGCUCUUUCCCAACGUCGCCAGGAGAGCAUCAAAUCUGGCGGCAUCGACCUCUCCCAGCAGGACCAGCCUCUGGCUGGUGACCGCGACUCCUGGUUGCCCGCCGAUCAGCACCCCAGCUAUGAAGAUGGCGAAGAUGUACUCAGCACCGUCGACGGCGAGACCCGCGGCCGUGAGGAGGAGCGUGAGCCCAUUGCUGCUUAA